AAUACUGCAACACCGACCAGAGGAAACAAGAGCAUUCCUGGACAUGAAAAGGGACAGAAUAUAUUUUUUCUUUACCCGGUGUGCUUUGUCCACUGUGAAUUUUCUAUUUUAUAUACAAACGAAGUAUUAGGAUUUCGUUUCAUACAGUGACUACAGCGUUAAAGGCAUGCAACUCGAAGACUGGACUUUCUGAAAUAUUUGCAACCGCAAAUUAACGGGACAUUUCUCUUUUGGUAUAAAGAAAGGCAAGUUAACCCGCUAGGACAACCAAGAACGGAUAUCGAGGAUUGCGUUUUUUUAAAAUUUAAAUUCUGUCACUUUUCCAAUUACAGAAGGACAUAAUGCUCUAAUAAAGCCAGUCUGAAUGAGGUCAAGAUCUGUUCGUUAGAGCCGAGUAACACUUGCACAGGCGUGUCCCUCACUUGCUGUUUUACACGCAAAAUGUUCUCUUUGCCCGGUCUUCCCAUGUUCACUCCGGAACAGGUGGCCCGCGUAUGCGAGAACCUGGAGGAUACGGGUGACAUGGAGCGCCUGGGCCGCUUCCUCUGGUCUCUGCCCUCUGCCAUGCCCGGCUCGGCUACGGAUGCCCUCAAUCGGCAUGAGUCUGUGAUGCGUGCUAGGGCUCUGGUGGCCUUUCACAGUGGAAAUUUCGAGGCUCUGUAUCAGAUCCUGCAGAGCCACCGUUUCACACGUGAAUCACACGCGAAACUACAGGCGCUCUGGCUGGACGCGCACUACAGAGAAGCUGAGAGACUGCGGGGGCGCCCCCUUGGGCCAGUAGAGAAAUACCGCAUCCGCAAGAAGUUCCCACUGCCGCGGACAAUCUGGGACGGUGAACAGAAGACCCACUGCUUCAAGGAAAGAACUCGCAGCCUGCUCCGUGAAUGGUAUCUGCAGGAUCCAUAUCCUAACCCUUCCCGGAAACGGCACCUAGCUCAAGCAACUGGGCUGACUCCAACACAGGUGGGCAACUGGUUCAAAAAUCGUCGCCAGCGGGAUCGAGCAGCCUCUGCUAAGAACAGACUUCAACAGAACGCCAGCCUUGUCUCUUCCAGUGUUUCUCUUGACUGCUCCAACCGUGACUGCCAUCCACAUCUCCAGACGGGUUCUCCUUCCCAUCCAGGAAGUCCUGAGACCAGCGACUGCAGCAUGAGCACUGAACAAAGAGAAACGUCCACCCCUGACAUCUCUGUGUGCAGCGACAGUGACUUUGAACCCUGAUUUUGAUAUCUGCCAAUAAUGCCCAGCUCAAGAUUCCAGCACUAUCAAACACUGAAGAAGGAUCUUGGCUUUUGGUUUUUAUGUUUGCUUCACUCUGUCAUAAUCAGACUUGCAUUUAUAUAGCGCCUUCUUCCAUAUGGGAUCUCAAAAGAAACUGACACACCAACAUGUACCCACCUCAGAGGUGGAUUGUGGUGGUCAUAUUGUGCCUGCACAUAACAUGCCCAAAUUAUGUUUUACUGCUUUAACAUAAAAUAAAUACAAGUUGACAGGCUGUGCCUGUAGUGUAAUAGUGAAGGAUUUCUGACCAAGCUUCCUUAAAAGAGGGAAAGGAUCAUAAACUGGGAAAUACAUCAGCCUAUAGAAUGAACUGUGACUAUGUUCUGAAGCACAACACUACUGCACACAAUCAAAAAAAUGGCUGCUGCUGAAAGAGCCCAGUGAGACAACAUGAAAAUAAACUAAGCCCUUAAUUUAAUGAAGCAUACAUUUUUUUUCAAAAAGUACUUGUUUGCAUCUUAAUUGAGCAUCUGUGCUAUUCUCUUUGUCCACAGGUGGUAUUAAAGAAAUUUCUGGGGAUCAGAACAUCAGCAAGCUCAUUCACCUCUUGAGAAUAAAUCAAAAUGGCAGCGUUAAAAUUUAUUUAAAAUAUUUGGUUUCGCUUUCUUGUAGGGAAAACGAAGACAACAGCAUUGAAUACUGCUUUCCUCAGGAGGUGAUAUAAUAAGCAUAUAAACAAAUUAACUAUUUUGACUUUGAUUGGAACAAAACCACUAGAGUUCCAUGGAUACCAGAAAAUAAUCUAAUGUGUUCUCUUGUUUUGCAAAUGUUGUAUUUAAGUGCAUUGUUAUAAUGUGAAGCAUUAAUAUACAGUCCCAUCACCUCAGAAGUGAUAUUUAUAAAUUAGUUAUGUUUAAAAUUAUGUAAAUUGUAUUCAAAAUGUAUUGUCAGUUGCUUUUUUUGGCAAAAUCUUAUAACAUGACUUUAAGCACUCAGGCCAUCUUAAAGGAAGUGAAACAUAUUUGUGAGUGUAAUAUCAAUGUCCUCUUAGUAUUUAUUUUUAAAUCAUCAGUAAACUUUCAUUUAUAUUUUUGACAAAUUAUAUAUUGCAUUUGGUCAUCACUGGAAUGCAGUAAGUUAGGGAAAAUUAUACUAUGGAAGUGAAAUUAGUCAAGCCCACAAACACAUAGCAAAACCUGUCUGUUGACUUUAAACUCUAAGUGGAACCAGGGAAAAAUAUGGGCCACAGACACGACAUAUAAACCUGAAACUAUGUCAGCUUAGUUUCAGAAUAGUUUGGUUAAAAGUCUAGGUGAACUCCUGAGCUUCUUUGAUUACUUUGUGUCUUGUUAAAUGCAUCUAGUUUCUUAUGUUAUGGAUUCUGAUGCAGACAACCAAUUUUAUCAUUUUGUUUUCAUUCCCAAUGAUUUUCUUAUAAGUGACAGCUGUGCUCUUUAGCUGUAGUAAGCUCUGAGAUAAUACAGCUAUCUCGGUAAACAUAUAAAAUAUAUUUUCUGUCGAUGAAUUUUUGUAAAAUGUUUUUGCUUGACGGAUUUGCUUAUUUAAAUCUGUUUGUGAUUAAUUAGAUCCAUCAAGAUCCAUGAAAACUGUGAACAAAAACUUAAACAUAUAUAAAAAUGAUAUAAUUUAUUAUGCAACAAUUCAGUAUCUAAAUUUUACUAAAGCGCAAACUAAUACCCACAAACUCAUAAAUAUUAUAGGUAAUUAUACAUUCAAAAAUAGUAUGAAUACCAUUUAUUGAUCAUUACUAGAAUAAUCUUGUUUUACUGAGCUAUUAUUGACGAGUGCAAAAUCUC